ACUCUCGCUUUGCCAGCAGCAGUCAGUCAGUGACACACACACACACACGGACUCAAGUCAUCUCUGAACCGCACAGAUUCUCGCUCAGUCGCAUCGUGUAUUUACAGUCAGCGCCUUGUAAACGACAAGUAGAUAGAAUGGGCACGAACUGCUUUAGUCGAAUCACAGCCGUGUGGAGAUAAGAGGGCGGAAACGCGAGUAAAACAGACCGAGGAGAAAGAAAAACAGACGAGGAGCGCGAGAAGGCCGAACCCGUCGAGGCAGUUGCAGUUUUUCGAGCGACGCUCAAGUGGAUUUGGGGCUCAAACCGACGAGGACGAAAACACGGCCGUAGCAAAACGUACAUGUGGAUUAUUUCUUCAUUUCUUUCUCUUCAGAAACUACAUAAACGUCCUGUAGCGACAGACCUUUACCUUUCGCGGAGAGGGCUGCCAGGACUCAUGGCCAGAAAACAACAGAUUUGUUUUGGACUCGCAUCAACUCCAGUUCCACCCCUCCGCGGUCGGUGACUACCAGGACCCAGUCCCCCAUGAUGCACAGUGCUUGUGACAAGACCACACCCACCUUUAGCGUGUAGAGGAAGUUGCACCGUCAGCAUGUCCUCACACCCUCAGCCAGUGCCUCAGGGUCGGAGGGCUGUGGACGCUCGUCACCUUUCCAGUGCCGCCAACCUUCCUCUGCAGCUGAGAGCCCAUACGGAUGUUGGUGGACUGGUGGACUACCAUCCUCACGCUCGGGACUAUGGUCUGACCCAUGGAUCUCUGGUCCAGCCUCAUCGCCGCAGACCAUCCCUUCUGUCUGAAUUUCAGCCAGGCAAUGAAAGAGAGCCCCACAUCCGAUAUGAACACAUAUACCUGCAGGACGCCAGCAGCCAAUCAGAAGUGGAGUACUCUGAGAUGAAGCGACCUCGCUUGGAGAUUGGGGCGGAGUCUCUUAUUCGACACUCAUCUCAUCGUCAGGCCCUCACUGUGGGCGGAGCUGAGGAAAUGGCAAAGGAGCACAGCAGCAGCAGCUCUAUUGGGAAGAUUGAGCCCAUCUCUCCUGUGAGCCCGGUGCCCAUGGAGGCCGACCUGGACCUGGUGCCCUCCCGCCUCUCCAAAGAGGAACUAAUCCAAAACAUGGACCGCGUGGACCGGGAAAUCACCAUGGUGGAGCAGCAGAUCAGCAAACUGAGGAAAAAACAGCAACAGCUGGAGGAAGAGGCGGCGAAACCUCAGGAGCCCGAGCGCACCAUCUCACCUCCACCCAGUGAAGCCAAGCACCGCAGCCUUGUCCAGAUCAUCUAUGAUGAAAACAGGAAAAAGGCAGAGGAAGCUCACCGGAUCCUGGAGGGACUCGGACCCCGAGUAGAGCUGCCUUUGUACAACCAGCCAUCUGAUACCAAGCAGUACCAUGAGAACAUCAAAAUAAAUCAGGCAAUGAGGAAAAAGCUCAUUCUCUAUUUCAAAAGAAGAAAUCAUGCUCGCAAACAGUGGGAACAGAAGUUCUGCCAGCGCUAUGACCAGCUAAUGGAGGCCUGGGAGAAGAAAGUUGAGCGAAUCGAGAAUAACCCACGACGCAGAGCCAAAGAGAGUAAAGUGCGGGAGUACUACGAAAAGCAGUUUCCUGAGAUCCGCAAACAGAGAGAGCUGCAGGAGCGCAUGCAGAAUAGAGUGGCUCAGCGUGGUGGGGGUCUGGCCUCGGCAGCCCGCAGUGAACAUGAGGUUUCUGAGAUCAUCGAUGGCAUCUCAGAGCAGGAGAACUCUGAGAAGCAGAUGCGUCAGUUAGCUGUGAUUCCUCCCAUGCUGUUUGAUGCCGAACAGCAGAGGAUAAAGUUCAUCAACAUGAAUGGGCUGAUGGAUGAUCCUAUGAAGGUCUACAAAGACAGACAGGUCAUGAACAUGUGGAGCGAACAGGAGAAGGACACCUUCCGUGAGAAGUUUAUCCAGCACCCAAAAAACUUUGCCCUGAUAGCCUCUUUUCUGGAGAGAAAGACGGUGGCUGAGUGUGUCCUCUUCUACUACCUGACUAAGAAGAAUGAGAACUACAAGAACAUCGUUCGCAGAAGCUACCGUCGCAGAGGCAGGAGCCAGAAUAACCAGCAGGCACAGCAACAGGUGAACCGGAACAACCAGGAGGAGAAAGAAGACAAGGAGAAAGAAAAAGAGGGAGAACGUGAGGAGGACAAAGCGGAGGGAGAUGACAAAGAGGAUGGCAUAAAAGAUGACACCUCUGGUGAGGAUGGGGAGGAGAAAGAGCCUCCUGUAACCGUUAAAGGCCGUCGCACAGCGAACAGCCGUGGCCACCGGAAAGGACGAGUCACUCGCUCCAUGACCAAUGAACAGGAAGAGAACACUUCACCUCUCGGCAGCGAGCUGGCAAACCUGGAGAUGAAUGAGAGUUCUCGCUGGACAGAAGAGGAGAUGGAGACGGCAAAGAAAGGUCUGCUGCAGUAUGGCCGAAACUGGUCAGCUAUUGCCAAGAUGGUGGGCUCCAAAACAGUUUCCCAGUGCAAGAACUUCUACUUUAACUACAAGAAGAGACAGAAACUGGAUGAGAUUCUGCAACAGCAUAAAAUAAAAUCGGAGAAAGAGCGUAAAGCCAGACGUAAAGGGAAAGCUCCUCAAAACGAAGAGGCCAGCGCUCCAUCUGCUGCAGAGGAAGAGGAGAUGGAAGGAUCGGGAGUCAGUGGUAACGAAGAGGAGGCUCAGGAGGAUGGAGAAGGUGGAGCCAAUAACAGCUCAGACACAGAGAGCCUCCCUUCCCCACGCUCCUCAGAUGACAGCAAGGUCAAAGAAGAGGGCUCGGCUCGGCCCAAAACUGCACCCAACGCCACUUCCUCCUCUUCCUCCACGGACAAGGACAUGGCAGCUGCAGAGACGGGGAUGGACGAGAAGCCAAAAGUGGAGAAGGGAGACGGGGAGCAGGCAGGAGUGAAGCAGGAGGUGAAGACCGAGCCAGGGGAAGGCGCUUCAGAGUCAGCCGGAGAGGAUAAGAAGCCUCCUGCCCUGGAGGUGGAGGAGGGCAAGAAAGAGGUCAAGAAGAAAGAGCACGGGGGAAAGAGUGGAGCUCACGACAGCGACUCCAGCGCCACAUGCAGCGCCGAUGAGGUGGAGGAGACGGAGAGCUCAGAGAAGAGCAGGCCCAGCUUGUUGAGUUUUAGCCACGAUGGAGUGAUCUCUUCUCAAGCUCAGAAACCGCUGGACCUCAAACAGCUCAAGCAGAGAGCGGCCGCCAUACCUCCCAUUUUGCCAGAGGUGUCAGGACGUGAUAACCGGCCUGGUUUGCCAGGAAAGCAGGCUAUGCCGGACGCUCUUGCGUUGUACCAGCAGCAGAUUACCAUGGCACAUGAAUCCUCCCAGGAGGCCAAACAGCAGCAGCAACAACAGCCAACCAAAUCACAGCAUUACCCUGCGGCAGGGGACUCCGGCAGCCCUCGGGUCAGGACUCGCAGCCCUGGUAUCUCUGACAGAGAGAGAGAAGAGCUGGAGGGGAACGAGAGAUGGCUUCAGGCUCUGCUACAUGGAUUACAUAAAUCCCGGGCGUUCUCUCCUCUUGCAGAUGGCAAGAAGAAUCCCGGGGCUGAUGACAUUCGGGCUUUAGGUCUAGGCCGGCCAGUGAUGUCAUCGUACCUCUCGCCCAGAGACAUGGCCAAAUUCAGCCAAGAACAGCUGCUACACUACAAUCCCUCGUUAGCUUCCACUUUACAGCCACAGGACAGAAUGGCUGCAGUGCGGCCUCUCCAUAUUCCAGAACCCCCUCCCCUCAUCUCCUCUGCCAAACCUGGUGGCUCCAUCACACAGGGUACUCCAGUGCAACUGCACAAUCCAUCCCAUGGCUCUGAGCAUGGGAAAGUCCCAGCUCCAGGAUCACUGGCUCUCUCCUGGGUGGACCAGAGGAAAAUGGGCGGGUUUCCAGUUGUUAAACAAGAGCAGUUGUCUCCUCGUGGGGCUUCCUCCUCCUCCUCUCAGGCUGAGAAUCUUUCCACACAGGACAGUUCUACAUCACGGGGACCCAUGCCAGCUGUUCAGGGUGGCAGCAUUACAAAGGGCAUCCCUGGCACACGUGUGCACCAGGAUUCUCCCAUAUCAUAUCGAGGUGGUUCUAUCACUCAGGGCACUCCUGCAGAUGUCUUAUAUAAGGGCACAAUAACCCGUCUCAUCAAUGAGGACAGUCCCAGCCGAGAGAGAAGCAGAGAGGACACUCCUUCUAAGGGGCAUGUAGUCUAUGAGGGCAUCAGCGGACACAUCCUUUCCUUUGAACGGCGUCCAAAUUCUAAAGAAGAGGGUUGUGGGGAUGUGGGGGCUGGCAUGAAGAGGUCCUAUGAUAUGAUGGAGGUUGGCAUCUCAUCUCGUGUGCCACCCAUCAGAGACCCCCUAUCUGAAGGCCUGAUCAUUCGAGCAAUGCCUCCAGAUCGAGAUAGUCCUCAUCCGCAACUCAUCCGUGGAUCCAUAUCACAAGGAAUCCCACGGGAUGAUUGUCAGCGUCGGGAGGUUAAGCAGAUGAAAAGAGAGGGCUCCCCAUCACCCCGUGGACCUGGUCAUUCCACUGAUGCUCUGAAAUCACGCUCACACGAGAGUAUGGUACCCACAGUCAAAGAGGGAGGGCGCUCCAUCCAUCUGAUUCCACCUGAGGGGGUUGUAAUUGGCAAGCCCAAGGAGGGUUCAAUCACACAGGGUACACCUCUGAAACAAGAGCCCCCCGGCUCAUCCAAGCGGCAUGAUGUGCGCUCCAUCAUUGCCAGCUCUCCACGGCCAUAUUCCGGACUGCCCUCUCAUCUAGAUCCCAGGGGUUCCGACAGGGCUCGUUAUGAGGAGGCAGGGGGCAAAUCUCGACCCAGUGCUGUAGUCAGUGCCCCCAGCUCUCUGUCCCGUGUCUCUCCAUUGGCACUGAGUGGAGAGCAGAGCAGCAGGCCUCACCACAGUCCAGUGGGGUAUGAAGAUCAUAAAAGAUCCAGCUACCCUCCGCCCUCACACAGAGCCUCUCCACUGUCUGGCAGAGAAAACUCACAGCGCGCUCAUGAAGGCUCUAGUAAACCCCAACAGCAGGAGAGAAAGGCCACCCCCACCCCAAGAGAGAUGGGCUCCACUAAGUCUCCAUUGGCAGUGGGUGAGCACACUGCAAAUUUAGCCUUCGAGAGGAUCCUUGGGUUGGGACCGGACAUGUACCGUAGCCAGAUGUCUCAUUUAACAUUUGAUGCUGCAGCUCUGCCCAGGGGUAUCCCGAUUGACUCAGCGUAUUACCUGCCUCGUCACCUGGCUCCUGGCCCUGGCUACCCACACCCCUAUCCACCCUACCUGAUCAGAGGCUGUUUCCCUGAAACAGCAGCCCUGGAAAACAGACAAACGCUUUUCAAUGACUACAUUACCUCUCAGCAGAUGCACCAGUGGCCUGCUGCCGCUGCAAUGGCUGCCCAGAGACCUGACCUGCUCAGAGGCCUCACACCUAGAGAGCAGUCCUUAAACUUAGCCUAUUCACCCACGCCUAGAGGAACAUCUGCAUCUCCCAUGGAUCGUAUCACAUAUAUCCCAGGAACUUCUCCAGGUUUCCCUAGCGGAGCCUACAACACCUCUCCUAUCUCACCAGUAGGAGCCUCUCACAUGAGCAAGAUCCAAGGUGGUUCAUCAUCUGCUGAAAGAGAAAGAGAACGGGAGAGAGAGAGAGAAAGAGAGCAGAGAGAGCGAGAAAGAGAAAGAGAGCGAGAGAGGGACAGGGAGCGAGAUCGAGACCGGGAGCGUGAGAAAGAUCGAGACAGGGACAGAGAAAGAGACAAGUCUCUCAGCCAUGGUAACGUGGAGCACGCACCUAUAUGGAGACCAGGAGCACCUGAACAGAUGAGCGGCAGCAGUUCUCGUCCCCCUUCUCAUCCUUACAGUCACCAGUCCCCGCUCUCGCCCCGUCCCCAGGACAGCUUGCAGCAGAGACCAAGCGUCCUGCACAACACCAGCUCCAAGAGCCUGUCAAACUCUGAGCACAACAAUCCUUCUGUGCUGCGACCACCAGGCUCUGCUCGCUACCAGGGCUUCAGUGGGCACCUCCAGAGGUCUGGUUUACCCGGUGAGGGUUACCCAUCUGGAACGGACCCAAGUGCUAAAGACUUGAGCAGAGAUGGGGGCAAAAGCCAUGGGCGAGGAGGUCUGCCCAAACACCAAGACCUUUCAUCCUCUUCUAAAUCUGACUCCAAGCUCGCCAGUCCUGGUGCCGGUGGUACAUAUCCCUCUCCAUACAACCAGGCCCCUGUUGCCCACCUGCCCACAAGUCGAGGGCACCCCUUGUUGGCGCCCGAAAGUGGCGGCGGCGGCAGUUCCAUCCAAUCCCGUGGCGGGGACAGCGGCAGCAGCGCGUCAAGUAGGGAAAAGACUCAAAACAAAGUGAUGUCCAUACAGGAACACGAACUUCGAGCACUCGGUAAGACCACCAUGACAGCGGCCAACUUCAUAAACGCGAUAAUCAUGCAUCAAAUUUCUUGUGAUGCGGCGAUGCCAGAGACUGGUGCGCUCGCGACCAACGGCACCUGUGAUGCUGUGUCUGCAGCUCAACAGAAGGCAUUUGAACAGCUGUACGGGUCUGAAGACAGACUUUCUCCAGGUCAGCAGUCGUCAUCGGGUGUCAAAGGCUCUCAGAGAGUGGUGACCCUCGCCCAGCACAUCAGUGAGGUGAUCACUAAAGAUUACACACGCCAGUCACAGCAAAACCAGAUAGGAGGUCAACCAUCUCUCCCGCCUGGUUAUGGGUAUCACAGCUCUCCUGUGCUGGAUCUCACCCGUCCACCUAGCACCCCUCAAGCCCAAACCCCCACAGAGCCCAAUUCCCGCUACACCCCAGAGGGCACUUCUGCAGAAAGGGGCAGAGACAGGUCUCCUCCUCAGAAUAAAACCUCUCCAGUGAGUCUGGCUGCUGAUGGGAUUGAACCAGUUUCACCACCAGGGGCCAUUUCAGAGCCUGAGACGCCAGGAGCCAACUACCCCAAUGAACAAGCUGAGCAGGGUAUGGGAUCUCGUUCUCCGGCCAGUAGCUCUCAGCCCCCAGCCUUCUUCAGUAAACUGACUGAGAGCAACUCAGCCAUUGUCAAGAGCAAGAAGGAAAUGAUCAAAAAGAUCAGCGCAGAGGCUGAGUUCAACCAGAGCCAACCUGGGACAGAAAUCUUCAACAUGCCUGUCUCUACAAAUGCAGGACCCGUGAGUGUGCGCAGCCACCCGCCACCAGAAGCCAGCGGUAAUACUAUCGGUCUGGAGGCCAUCAUCAGGAAAGCCCUCAUGGGCAAGUAUGAUGAACAGAUGGACGAGCGCUCGCCGUCCAACUCUGUCAACUCGAUGGCUGCCGGAGGGGCAGCUGCAGUCGUGCCACCAGCUUCAGCAGAUGGGCGUUCAGAAGACCCCUACUCCCUGCCAGGCAAAUCCAAAGGAGGGCGCUCCAACGGUCGCAAGACUAAAUCUCCUGGUCCUGGCCUGUCUGGAGGCGAAAGACCUUCAUCUGUGUCCUCUGUCCACUCAGAGGGAGACUGUAACCGUCACACACCACUCACCAACAGAGUGUGGGAGGACAGGCCCUCAUCUACAGGCCCCACUCCAUUCCCCUGCAACCCCCUGACCAUGGGGAUGCGUCUCCCCAGCGGGAUCAUGCCGGGACCCUCACCUUCCCCAACACAUCCUGGCGCUUCUGCACCCACACAAGGCCAGACCCAACCCCGCACCUGGGAGGAAGAACCCAAACCUCUGCUGUGCUCUCAAUACGAGACCCUGUCAGACAGCGAGUGAACACACACACACCGAGAACGUUUGCUGCUUUCUGAACAGAAACUUGUUACUGUAAACAGGGGUGUUUGUGAGCACACUCACUCAUAUCCAUACUGACACACACACACAUACUCACACUCUCUUACGGGAACAUACGUCCAUCCAUGCUCAUGCCCUCUGAUACCUCCACACAUAUGCAUACAUGCACACAUCCCAUAAUGCUCUCCAAGCGGGCACAUUCACACUGUCAGUGAAAGUGCAUUACAUGGCUGCAGUGUUCGUAGAUGUGUUUGUGAAUGUGCACACUUGCAUUAGUGUGUGCAGUCACUCCAGGACUACUUGUAGGAAGAAUCACUUUUGAAUUUUUAUAUGUAUAUAUAUAUAUAAAUGCAUAUACAUACAAUUCUAUAUAUACUUCUAUUGGUGUCGUCUUGCUGGCCUUAUCAGAGUUGACUCAUGGAUUCAUCUGUCUGUUAACACAUUUUGGAGCAUUCCUCUGCUCAGGACACACACUCUUAUACUGUAAAUCCACUGCAAACUCUUUAUUUUGUGUGUGUGUGUGUGUGUGUGCGUGUGGUAUAAUGCAAAGGCUGGUUGAAUCCUCUGCAGAAACAAGCGUCUACAAACACACAAACACACAUGCACGUUCUCUUAGUUGUGCAGCCACAGCUCUUCACAUUGGUUUCAUGUGUUGCCAAGUCCAUGCAAUUGGGCUGUCUGACUUUGUGUGUGUGUGUGUGUGAUGAAAGGAGACGUUCAGAGAGCCAGGUUACAUUUAAACCUGUAACAUUCAAUCCUUACCUUACUAUUUCAGAGCGUUUACAUGGGUGGCCAUAUCAUUGGUUUACAGGGUACACAUAAUGUUCAUCGUUGACGUCAAACCUCUCUCUUUUUUUAAUACUCUAGCUGACCAAUUAAUUCCGUCAUCUCUUUGUGAUAGUUGAAGGGAGAUGCGCUGUUUGGCUUGUUUUUAUUUUUGUAUGUACAUGAAGCUUGUUUGCAUGUUUUUGUAAUGAGUUAAGCACUUAGUCAGCAAGCGGUUUCUGUCGGUGUCUUUCAAAUGGACGCUGACCUGAAUGCAACCUUUUCCACAACAUUCGUUUUGCUUUUUUCUACAGUAUUUUGUUGAAUCGUUUCAUCAACUGUUCCACUCUCUAGUGACAAUCACUGGCAGAGAGCCGAGCGAGUGGACACGUCUUUUGAGGAAGCUGCUCGAUCAGGUCUGAAUGUCCGAACAAACCUGAUGCUUUUUACUUGUUUUUAUUCAUGUCAUCUGUUUGUUCAAGAGUUAAAGCCGUGCUGUUUGGCCAGUCUUUUGACAUGACACUCAUUGAGAGCUACUGCUUUGUGCUUGAACGAAGGCUUCAGGUGUUUUAGUUCCCACCCUCUGUGGACUCGUAUGAGAAGAUGAUGAUGCUAUAUAGAAGAAAAGAGGUGAGCAGACACCACACCUCAUAUAACCUGUAGUCCUUCACUCUGUACAGUUUUAAAAGAUAAUUCUAGUGUUAAGUGCCAUGUAUUUGACAUAUACAUUUCUGAAGUUAACUACCAAGUGAUUACGCACAACGGUUUGUUUUUUAAGAUGAUUUUUCUCCUUGUUAUGCCAGGGUUGUACAAUUGAUCACAGGCACAAACGAAAGCAGUGAAGGAGAUGCUGUCGAUCUCCUCUCCUAACGCAGCGUUAAGAGUUUUUCAGCAUGCGAAUUCGAUAUAAGGAUGUGUUUUAAUUUCUAUUGGUUGACUUUUAUUUGUUACAAGGUUUUACUACAAAACGGAUCUUUCAACAUACUAGUUCAAACUGCAAUACUCAUUGUAUGCUCCAGAUUUUAGGAAUAUUUUGGAACCUAAUUGAAAAGGAAGCUCAGCGCUGGGUUUUAUUGUUGUUUUGGUGGUCCAGGACAGUUUUAGUGCACUACCUAGUGUUUUUUCUUUUAGUAAAAUGGGGCUUUAUCUUCAGUCACAAACAUCCCAGAAUGCUCUGCGUUAAUUUCGAGACUCAUUCUCUAACAUAUCACUCCAGACAGUAUUGUUUAGUGGACAAGUCACUCUAAAGUUCAGUGUUUUCUUGUAUAGUGAGCCCUUUUCUCCUCUAUCUCAACUGUUUGACCUUAUUACUGAGGACAGUAUUGCACUUUCCUUAGAUGAGGCGGCGUCUUCUAAACACAAGCGAAGCUGAGAGAUGAAAACUAACGAAGAGACGGGAAAACAGCAGAAAAUAGUCGCCCCUCUUAAGAUUGGAAAGGUUAAGUGGGUAUUUUUGGUGGUAUCUGUUUUUGUACAACCAUUUUGUGCAUAUUACUUUUUUUUUUUUUUUGGUUUUGUAUUAAGACCCACUGUAUUAUAGCAAGGAGUGUAAAUAGACCUAAAAGGAUGUACAUAUUUAUGUGAUUUGCUGCAAGAUUGAUAUUCACACUGUUGUAUUUCAACAUGGCCACCAGCAAGCUUUGUGGAUAGCAGUGUAAAAAUUAAAUGAAAAAAAAAAAGACACUGCCUUAAUGUUUAAAUAAAAAGCUUAUUGCCAUUGA